CGGCGGCCCGCACAUUCACUUUGCCUUCGCUUUUAGCCUCAGUGCUGUAACUUGCAAGGGACGUCGAGGAGGAGGGGGUGUACAAGAACAGAGCUUGCUCGCCCGCCGCGCCACCCGGAGGACGAGGCCGGCGGCCACCGGCGGGGGGAUGGCGUCCAGGUGCUUCUUCCCCAGGGACGCGGCCGCGGACGCCCGGCACCAGUCCAAGGCGGCGGCGGCGGCGCUCGAGCAGCUGCACCACGGUGGCCGCCUCCUGUCGCGGGAGGACGUCGGCGGCGCGGUGCGCGUCAAGAUCGUCGUCAGCAAGCGCGAGCUCAAGCAGAUGGUCGCCGCGCUCGGCGACGGGGCCGGCGCGGUUACCGCGGCGGCGGCGGCCACCGGCGAGCGGCGCCGUCAGCGCGCGGCGGCGGGCGCCGGGCCGGGCGCCGAGCAGAGGCUGCAGUCGCUCCGGCGGCGCAGCAUGCGGCGGGCGGCCGAGGCGGCGCGCCGGAUGCAGGCGAGCGGGGAGUGGGAGCCCGGCCUGCAGAGCAUCCCCGAGGAGGUCUACUGAUCGCCGCCGCUCCGCUAGUAGACGAACGGAUGGCUAGUAAUCCCUUGACUAAUUAUGGGUUGGGUGCGUUUUGAUCAUCGCUAAGUGCUAGAUGUAUGUGUACAUUGCUCCGGACCCUGCUUAUCAUGGGCUCCAAUGGCUGCUUAAUCGUCCUCCGCGAGUUUGUGCAUUUUGCCCUGUGAAUUUUUUUUCUUUUUGGUAUGAACCAGAAAGGGAGGAAAGAUCGAGAUGUGUUUUGGACCUUGCGACACAAUGCAAGUGCUGAUGGCUGAUGAACUGGUCCCAAAUUCGGCAUCCAACCUGCUGUGAACUUGUGAUU